UUUAACUGAUACUUUUUGCAUUUAAUUUCAUAUUUCUAACCACAGCCAUCAUUUGGUCAGAUACCUCAGAAAAGCAUGUCAUUUCGUAACAUUGUGGAGUUUCUUCAGAAAUCCAUAUUGUAUUGGCUGGAUAUUCAGAUGGGUUGAGGAAACUCGAUUCUCCAGGAUUAAUGAUUCUCUGACCAGAAAUAGUAUGUGAAAUAUAGUGUUCUCUCUAUACAUCCUUGUUUUACUUUGUAGAGUUGAGGGAGAGGACGGAGAUGUACUUUGUGCUGAUCGUUGGUGUCUUUGUCCAUCUAACAUCUGAUUCAUCAAAGGCUCUCUCUGUGAAUAUUGCAUGGAAGAAACCGGCAACGAUGAGCUCUGUUUAUUCCGACAAAACCCCAGCCAGUAACGCAGUUGAUGGAAACACCAACUCUGUAUAUGACAAAGGUUCCUUGAUGCACACAAAAGAAAAUGAAGCUUCGGCGUGGUGGCGCGUUGAUCUCCAGACACAAAUAGAGUCACCUCUUGUCAUGAUAUACUUCAGAACUGAUUUUACUCUUCGUCGCAAUGGUGUACAAGUCUUCACAGCUUCAGUACCAUUAUCUACUCCCUGGGAAGGAUCCUUGUGUCACACAGUCCAUGAUGACGGCACAGGCAUCUCGGAUGUCCUGAAUACCACGUGUCCGGGAAAGUGGCGCUACCUGACGGUCUACACGAACACUAGUAAUGACGCUCAAGGACCUAUUUUGGACUUCGCUGAAGUUGAAGUAUGGCUGAAUCAUGAAUGCAACAACGGAACAUAUGGUAUCGACUGCAACAAUUCAUGCAGCUCUCGACCCUGUGUGACGUCUUCGCUCCAGUGUCACCCCCUAACAGGCCAGUGUGCUGGGGGGUGCCAGGAGGGCUGGAUGGACCCAGACUGUUCACAAGAAUGUACAAGUGACAUGUUCGGACAGAAUUGUUCUCUGCGAUGUGCUGACCGAUACUGCAAAGGGAUUUCCAACUGUCCACCAAACGGUACCUGCACUGACGGAUGUCAAGCUGGAUGGCAGCUGGACAACUGUACACAAGAUUUCUGGCUGAACAUGGCGCUCAACAAACCCACCGAGAUAAGCUCACUCCUCGUCAAUACCUCCACGGGAAGGCUUGCUGUUGAUGGUGACACUACGGGAGCUUACAGAGCAGGUGUUCUGAUGCACACACAGCUAAACCAGACAUCGGCCUGGUGGAAGGUUGAUCUCCAGACUCAAGUCGAGUCCGCCCUGGUCGUCCUUUACUUCAGGACAGACUACAUAGCAAGGCGAAAUGGGCUGGAACUGUUCACUCACCCGGAACCUUUAACAGACCCCACUCAGGGGACGCUGUGUCAUGAGGUCAAAGGGCGACCCGACGGCACGGAUAUCCCGGCAUCACUGGGCGUGACCUGCUCGGGUACAUGGCGCUACCUGACGGUCUACACUCAAACUGGAAACGAUAAAGGGGGUCCCAUUUUAGAUUUUGCCGAAGUGAAAGUCUUAGUGUGCACAGCUGGGAAGUAUGGGCCCAACUGUGCCAGAGACUGCAGCGACAGGCAUUGUAAUAGAUCCUCAUCAUCAUGUGAACGAGUGACUGGAGCGUGCCGCGGUGGCUGCAGUGAUGGUUGGACGGGACCAGACUGUUCCAAGGUGUGCGACUCAGGAACGUACGGCCACGACUGUGUCGGAGACUGCGCUUCAAGACAUUGCAAGACAUCCUCGUCUACAUGUGAUCCCAUCAGUGGAGAGUGUCUGUCUGGUGGAUGUCGGGAGGGAUGGACAGGAACAAACUGCUCUACAAAGUAUGGAUCCACUGGUGAUGACAAGCAGGCAGACCCCGUGCUGUCUCCAGGAAUAUAUGCUCUCGUUGGUGCUGUGGCCGGAGUGUUGGUAACACUGGCUGUAACUGGGGCAGUGUACCUGUGCCUACUGAGACAGGGGAGGCUGCCAAUGUUGAAGAAGUUUAACUACGCGAAGCAAGUCAAAGGUGCCUCUCACCUUCAGCCGAGAGACCUACAAGGAAAGAACAAGGGUGAACACCUGGGCACUGAUGUCUAUUACAACGUCGUCGCUGCUGCAUCAAACAUCCCCGCCGGUUCGGCUCAUACAGACACCGACAGAGUGUGUGGAGGUGACUAUGCUGGUCUCGAUGGAACCAAGUUUGACAACCAAAACUACGAUAUUCUUGACACGAAAGUAUAUGAGAACGCCUAGGGUGUUAUGAAUUAGCUGUACAUCUGUGCUGUAAGGGUUUGUAUAUCUCUUCAGUUAUAUCAACAAAAUGUAUAUAUUCUUUAAAUCUAUAAACUACGAGCCUAAGUCUAUGUUUUGGGGGAGGCAGACAAUAUUUUCUUAGAUGUUUUCCCGAUGAAAUAUCCAUCCAUUCCCAGAGGUGUGCUACCCCUUACGUCACAGCUACAGAUAGCUCCCACAGUUGAUUGACCUAUUUGAGGCUGCACUGACACUGUGCAUGUUGUGUUUUAAAGCGUUAACCUCUAUAGACCACUGAUCCCGUUAGUCGCCUGUUAUAACAAGCAGUUCUGAAAAUCAAUUCUAAACCGGAUCUUCACGGGUAGAUUUAUAUAUUUGACUUUCGAAAGAGAACAUGACCAUGCAAGAUUCCUGUCGGUUUCCUCAAUGCAGUAGUUUUGCUAUAUAUAUUAUAUCGUGUUUUACUUGCCUCAACAC